AUGCUUGCCAGCUUUAAUUGCAUACGCGUUCCAACACACAAUCCAAUGCUUCUGCUCCGGAGCGUACCAAGACUGUUUGUGGUUAGACGCUUUCACCCAUCCAGCAUCCAAUCCGAACGCGUCAAAGAUACUUCCAUCCCGGCCCCUACUGCUACCAGCUGUGUAUCAUUUUUCGGCCAGUGGCCGGAAGAAGACCGGACAUCGUUUACCCUAGAUAUGCGCGUGCUGGAACGGUUUAUAGACGAACAGGAGGAAAAUUCACUGCUGGAGGAAAUCGAACCGUACCUGAAGCGACUGCGAUACGAAUUCGACCAUUGGGACGAUGCGAUACACGGGUAUCGUGAAACGGAACGGAAACACUGGUAUCCGGCCAAUCGAGCCAUCCUGGAUCGCAUCGUAUCGAUAGCCUUCGAUGGUACCGCUAUGCCUUACGUCCAUGUGCUGGACCUGGCAGAAGAAGGUGUUAUCAAACCACACGUCGACAGUGUACGGUACUGUGGCAAUACCAUUGCCGGGGUUAGCUUACUGUCCGACUCCGUGAUGCGGCUGGUGCGGACAAACGACGAGGAACAAACGAACGCCGAGUACCGGCAAAUAUUUUCCCAGGAGCGUCACAACAAAUACUGGGCCGAUAUAUUACUACCGAGGCGCUCACUUUACGUGAUGCGACACACUGCACGAUACAAAUUUACGCACGAAAUUCUACCCGGCAACGAAUCACUGUUCCGGGAUAAACUGAUCAAGAAAACGCGUCGUAUAUCAAUAAUAUGUCGAAACGAUCCGUAA